GGCUUGAGCCAUGAGCGAACAGUCUCCCGAUCAAUCUACGCACAUUCAAAGUACAUGUCCAACGACGAGGAGGUCGCAUCUAAGGCAUGGGACGACAUACUUGCGGGCCACGGAGUGAUCGCUCUGGAUGCCGACUACAUUGCGGAGAAGAACCUGCCUCCGAGCGUGGCUCUCCCGGAUGAUAGCGGGAACUUUAUGUAUGUGAUUGAAGCGUAUCAUGCUAUGCAUUGCACAGUAAUGAUUCGUGAACACUACGUUCUGAUGGAGCAAGGGCACGCGUGGAACUGGUCCCGUCCACAUGACAUGCACUGCUUCGAUGCAAUUCGACAGUACAUCAUGUGUAACGUGGACGAUACCAUUCUCUGGACAAACGGCCACAGGGAGACGGGACACGGACAGGAGAAGAAGUGCAACGACUGGGAUGCACUUCGGGACUACGCAGAGUCGAAAUCAGCCAACUACUUCGAUGUUGAGCCGGAGAAGGGGAUCAUGCAUUUGGACAAUUACCAUGAGGGAGAUGGAUUAACAUGGUAA